AUUUUGGAAACUAACGAUGAUGAAUCCCAAGACCUAACACAAUAUUUUCAAAUCACUUCAGAUUUUAUCGCCAAAGGCCUCGGAAAAGGGAAAGUCCUUGUGCAUUGCUACGCAGGAAUGUCAAGAAGUGUUACAUGCGUGUGCGCCUACUUGAUGGAGAGAGACAGACUCUCACUGAAUGAAGCGCUGUUGCUAAUCCGUAGGACAAGGUAUAAUAUUUGUCCCAACCCAAGCUUCAUUGGUCAGUUGGUUCGUUUUGAAAAAAAAUGCCAAGGGAAAUAUAAUAAUGUCUCGCUAAAGUGA